CGUCAUUACGCUAUUUGAUUUUUGACGCAAUUGCUUAGAGACCUGACCGAAGAGAGGAGUCUCGCAAAUCCAAACAGUAUACGACUUUGGAGACUUUCGCAAUAAAAUAAAGUAGUAGCAAGUGUCAGAUUUACCAUGACACUAAACAAGUACACAAUGCAUCGUACUCCUCCGUCGAGUUACAUGAAAUUCCGCAAAACCACUUGGAGACUGAUUGGCUCUUCGGUGUACUACGGAAUGCUCAUCCAGAUUGGAACCAUACAGGCAAAGGCCUUGCUGUGCCGUCUUUGCAGAAGCUACUUCCGUGACAUCAAAACCGGCGAUUUCUGGCUGUUGCUUGGUGGCCUUAUCGUGCUGUUCAGUUUCUUGAACAUUCUGCUGGCCGCCGCAGUCCGUCGCGUAAUGUUCAGCGGAAAUCCGGUCUCUCCCACCAAAGAGCACAUGUGGUACUGCGGGAUCCGCGUUGCAAAGGUCACAAGGUCCGGUGCAGUGUAUGGAUACAUGUGAACUAUUUGGCAAAAAAAUAUAUAAAAAAUUUUCUAAGACUAAACUUAUUCCUUAAAUAUUUUUUAAAUAGUCAGUCUAAAUAAAAAUAAAGCAUAUAACUUUC